AUGGGGAGGGUUAACGACUUAUCCUACGAUGUUACACUGCUACAUGGCCACGUCGUAUCCCUUCAGGAUGAGGUCGCAACGCUUCGAGAUGAUAUUGCGGGUAGGCGAUGGACUGGCAGAGAGGGUGACGUAGAGGGAGGUCACAUCGAGGGGCCCGAUGGAGACGGAAGAGGCGGCGGUGGAGAAAAGGGUGAGGGAAGAAGGGGUGACGGAGGCGGUGGGCUCGAUGGGGACGGGAGAACCGGUCGGAGAGGAGGAGAGAGUGACAGAGGCAGUAGGCUCAAUGGGGAUGAGAGAGCCGGUCGGGGAGGAGGAGAGGGUGAUGGGAGAGCUGGCCAGGGAGAAGGAAAGGGUGGCGGUGGGCUCGAUGGGGACAGGAGAGCCGAUUGGGGAGGAGGAGCUGAUGGAGUUGAUGAUUCCGAGGCUAAGAAGUAUGCUGUUGCUGUGACGGAGCAGGCCGAUUGCUGUGACGGAGCAGGCGAUCGGCAAGAUGUCGAGAUUGUCGUUGCAGUACGUCGUUUCUCCUUCCACGGUCGAGACGAAGAGAAUGAGGUUCGUUGA